AUGGAAGAAAAUGAACUUAUCGAAUUGUUGAAUAAAAGAUGUGAUCAAUGUUUAUCAGCAAUGGAAGAAUUGUCAACGGAAAAGUUUGAGAAAAUUGAUGGAGUUGGGAAAAUGAAAAAUCGCUUGGAAUCUGAAAAGAAAUUCUUGAAGGCGGUUGGUUUUUUUUUUGAAUAAUAAGAAGGAAAUGUUUGAAUAAUUUAUUUCAGUUUAAAACCGGAGAAAAGCGGCUAGAAAUGAAAUAUCUCGAAACGAGUAAUGUAUCACAUCUACAGAAUAUUAUUUCGCAAGCUGCCGUGAGUUUUUUUGAGGGAUUUUUUUUGAAAAUGUUUUCAAACGAGGAAAACAAUCAACUUGUGGGCUGAGUUUGAGUUCCGAACUUCUAAAAAAAACAUUUUUUUCAGGUUCUGUAAAUGUAAAUAAUUAAAUUCAAUUUCUUUCAUUAAUAUUUUUAGACAAAUUACUCGACCUGUUUAUGAAUUUUUUUUUCAAUUUCAAACACGUCCCCUAUUCAAAUUAUAAUUUCAGAAACUUGAUGAUGUUACCGCAAUUCUUCACACAUUUGCAAUUCGAGAUACUGACAUUGAAAUCGAGGAAAAUCGAGGAAAACCAGUUACAAUUAAACAUAUGGUUGAUAUUGUUGCCAAAAAUGGAAAACAAUGGGUAUUUUCUCAAAUUUGAGUUUAAUAACAAAAUAUAAAAUGAUUAUUAUUUUCAGGUGAAAGUGAUAUCUCGAUCUGCUCGUGGAAUAUUAAUGGAUUGGAUGACUGGAUGUUCGAGAAACAUUUUUGAACAAGCUGAUGAUUAUUUGACUGUGAGUUAUUCUUCUCCUCUUCUCAAAUCAAAAUUCUGGUUUUUCAGAUGUCUCGGAAGUUCCAGCAACAAUUUAUUCCACCUCAAGUUUGCUUUAUUUUUAUAUCUGGAGUUCCUGAUAAAAUUGCUGAAAAACUGGAGAGAAAAAAUGUGAUAAUUAUUGGUAAACGAAUUGAUACAAAUAGUCUUGCCAAAAUACCAGAAGAAUAUUUGGAAAUGCUUGAAGAAGAUUCAGAAGAUUCUGAUUAUAGCGAUGAAGAAAAUGAAGAAGAUUCAAAUUCUGAACUAGGGUGAGUAAAAAAAACAAAAAUAUUUGCCGCCAGCAGGGGUCGAACCUGCGACCUUGGGCUUAUUAGACCCACGCUCUAACCGACUGAGCUAUGGCGGCUGUUAUUUCUCCCUCUUGCAAUUGUCAUUUUAUUUAUGUUGGUUGGUUGCAGAGAAACAGAGGAAUAUCAAAAUGAAAAAAGAAGAGAAGAGAAAAAUGAGGAAGGAAAAAUAGAGGAAGGGAAAAAGGCUGCUGUGAAUUUGGAUGUUUCUGCUGUUUUUGUUUUGAUUUCAAAUAUGACACAUGAAAAUGGAACAAAUCAUAAAUUUGCAAGUACUUUACUUGAACAACAAGCUGAACAAGAAAGAAAAAUAUCAGCGAGAGAAGAACUUUUGCCACAAAUUCAAGAUCGUAGAUGGGUCAUGUGUAAAACGGCAUUUGAUUCCGUGAAUCGAAUUAUGAAAACUGUUAGUGGGGAACAGGAAAAAAUACGAUGGGAAAAGUUGGCGAAAAAUAUUCAAGUUUAUGAGGAUUGUAUUUCUGAAAGAACGAAAAAAUUGAAAGAAUCGGAUCGAAUCAAUAAUCGAAAUCUGGUAAUUUUUGAAAUUUAACAAGGGAACUUUUUCAGAAUGGUUCAAAAAUAUUUUUUAGGCGCACUUUUAAAUUUCCUCAUUUUCCAUAAUUUUCUUAAAUUCCAAAAAUUCAAGGAGAAAUUUCAAAAAUUAAAGUAAAAAAGACAAUUCCAAACUUCUGAAAAAAUCAAAUUCGAAAAAUUUGAUUCAUUUCAGUACGAUUGGAGUUCCCCUGAUAUUCGAAAUAGUGUUUUUGUUCCAGAUAAUUUUCGGAUCUGGUGAUUAUUAUCGUGCGAUUACUGUAACAGCAAAUAAACAUUUUCUAUCAUCUGCCUAUCAUCAAGGUGUUUCUUUUGAUGCAAUUAUCCACGAAUCACGUGCAUUGAGUGAACAAAAAGAACGACCAAUUGAUUGGAUUGCACCGCCUAAGUCGAAAAAAUUAUUACGGGAAUAA